CGAUACUUGCCAGUUCUGCCCAUCUCUUCGCUUUAUCUCCAUACCUAGCUAGCUAGCUACUUCAUUAGAAUCAAGCAAAAUUUUUAUGUCACAGAGCCUUGCCCACUAGUAACAUUGCUCCUCACAAAUAAUACAACACUCUUGCCAUUGCCAGCUCCUAUACACAAAUAAUUUUAAGCAUUAAUUUCUGUUCUAGCUUAUAAUUAACAAUAUAAGAUAGGAAAUCCUGAUUUACCAGAAGUCAAACUAAUGGGUAACGCUGAUUUUGAACGCCCACAUCCUGUUGCAAUUCCUCCGGCAAAGCCAUUUCUCAAGUCCCUAAAAUCAGGUCUCAAGGAGACUCUUUUCCCCGAUGAUCCUUUUAGGCAAUUCAAGAACCAGUCUGCAUCUAGGAAGUUCAUUUUAGGAUUGCAGUACUUUGUGCCUAUCCUGGAAUGGGCUCCACGUUACACCUUCGCCUUCUUCAAAGCUGAUGUUAUUGCUGGAAUUACAAUUGCCAGCCUCGCAGUUCCUCAAGGGAUAAGUUAUGCAAAUCUUGCGAACUUGCCUGCAAUAAUUGGACUAUAUUCAAGCUUUGUGCCACCAUUAGUAUAUGCCAUGUUGGGCAGCUCAAGAGAUUUGGCUGUGGGAACUGUUGCUGUGGCGUCACUUCUCAUAUCUUCCAUGUUAGGGAAGGAGGUUAACCCUAAUGAGGACCCAAAGCACUAUGUUCAGUUGGCCUUAACGGCCACUUUCUUCGCUGGAGUUUUCCAAUCUGCUCUCGGCUUAUUAAGACUAGGGUUUAUCGUGGACUUCUUGUCCCAUGCAACAAUAGUGGGUUUCAUGGGUGGAGCAGCCACAGUUGUCUGUCUUCAGCAAUUGAAAGGGAUUCUUGGGUUGGUUCAUUUCACUCAAGGGACUGAUCUUGUAUCAGUUAUGCGAUCUGUUCUUAGCCAAACACACCAGUGGAGAUGGGAAAGUGGAGCCUUGGGUUGUUGUUUUCUUUUCUUCCUACUUCUUACUAGAUACUGUAGCAAGAGAAAGCCAUGCUUCUUCUGGAUAAAUGCUAUGGCACCCCUGACGUCUGUUGUCCUAGGAAGUGUCCUUGUUUACCUGACCCACGCUGAGAAACAUGGUGUUCAAGUGAUUGGGCACCUCAAGAAAGGGCUGAAUCCACCAUCUGUAUCUGACUUGGCUUUUGGGUCUCCACAUCUGAUGACAGCUAUUAAAACUGGAAUCAUAACUGGUGUUAUAGCUCUUGCUGAAGGAGUAGCUGUCGGAAGGAGCUUUGCCAUGUUCAAGAACUAUCACAUUGAUGGAAACAAAGAGAUGAUCGCUUUUGGGAUGAUGAAUAUUGCAGGCUCAUGCACUUCCUGUUACCUAACCACAGGACCAUUCUCGCGAACAGCAGUGAACUUCAAUGCAGGUUGCAAGACUGCAGUGUCUAACAUAGUCAUGGCAACAGCUGUGAUGAUUACAUUGUUAUUUCUAACGCCAUUGUUCCAUUACACUCCCCUGGUGGUGCUUUCCUCGAUUAUAAUCUCUGCCAUGCUCGGCCUAAUUGACUACGAAGCUGCUAUUCACCUCUGGAAAGUCGACAAGUUCGACUUCUUUGUUUGCAUUGGUGCCUACAUUGGCGUCGUAUUUGGAAGCGUCGAAAUUGGCCUAAUUAUUGCUGUCACAAUUUCCUUGCUAAGGAUGCUCCUGUUUGUAGCAAGGCCAAGGACUUUCCUGCUAGGCAACAUUCCCAAUUCCAUGAUUUACAGAAGUAUGGAUCAAUACCCGACAGCUAACAGUGUUCCUGGAAUUCUCAUUCUUCAGAUUGAUGCACCCAUCUACUUUGCCAAUGCAAACUACUUGAGGGAACGGAUUUCAAGAUGGAUUAAUGAGGAGGAAGACAGGCUCAAAUCUACAGGAGGACCCACUUUACAAUAUGUGAUACUAGAUAUGAGUGCUAUUGGCAGCAUAGAUACAAGUGGGAUCAGCAUGCUCGAAGAAGUUAAGAAGAACAUUGACAGAAAAUGUCUCAAGCUGGUACUGGCAAACCCACGAAGUGAGGUGGUUAAGAAGCUGGAAAAAUCGAAGUUCAUUGAAACAGUGGGUCAGGAAUGGAUCUAUCUUACAGUGGGAGAGGCUGUAUCAUCAUGCAACUUCAUGCUACAUACCUGUAAAUCGAAUAAAGCUUCAGUUCAAGAAUUUGAUGCACAAGAAAAUGUGUGAUAGUAAAAUGGAAGAAAGGAGUAGCAAGUUUAAGUUGAUGCUUACUGGGUCCAACCACAGCUAAAUGGUGAUGAUGUUUUGCCUCGAGUGAAGCAGCAUUCCACCUAAUCCAUAUGACUGAACCACACAAGUGGAACAUAAGAUGAUGUUUUGGGGUGCAAACAAGGUCCCUCUGAAUCAACAUUUGUAAUUUCAUGCAUGAAAUAUAAUAUAGAGUUGAGUGGUUCAUUUCU